AAAGAUCCACUCUGACAUGCCCUCGAAGCUGCCAUCAAAAUCCCGAGGCUCUGGCUACCGUACGGUACGGUACGACUGUAGCCCACCACCAGAGGGUCUCAUCCAAGCAGUUGUAACAGCAGCGGCCCACCUGUGCUGGUCAAGAAGAGAGAAAAGAAAGAGAGCCCACAGGAAAGAAAGAUGCAGCAUCUGGAGGGCCUGGAGGAUUCACCGGAUUGGUACUCCCUGCUCAACAUUGCAAAUUCGGCUUCCCAAGAUGAGAUCCAAAAAGCCUACAAAACCUUGAGCAAGACAUUCCAUCCGGAUCGACUAAGAGCCCAUAAUGCAGCCGAAUCAGAAGAGGCGCAAGAAACCUUUGUGGCCGUCAAGACAGCAUAUGAAAUUCUGGGUGAUCCAGUCUAUCGCUUUGCAUAUGACCAUUAUGGGCACGAGGGUGUUCGAUACCUGGCCACAUGCCAACAAGUAAAAGAUGGGCGACAAUCUACCCAACAAAACACGCUGGCCUUGGAUUUGAAUCUUUACAGCAAGCUCCAAGGUCUUCUGCAAAAAAGCAGCAGUGAUGUACAAAUGCAGCUUGCCAUCCAACUCAUGAAGCAAGCCAUGGAACGAUACAAACAACAAUUAAAAGUUAUCAAGGAACGACUGCAAGAUUCCAUAUUUUCCGUGGAAACCACCCUUGAGUUCCCAUGUGAAUAUCACAGUCGAGCCGCCGUGGUGGCAGAAGGAGAAGGAAGCCUUCCUUACUUGGAGAUGGAGGAAGCUCGGAUAGAGUUUUCUGUCAAAACCACAAAUCAAAAACCACGACAACCAAAUGGUGCCCAGCCACCCCAGGGCCGUGUUUACUCAACAACGCUCGGAGCAAAAACUACCUGGACGGCUUCCGGGAAGAGCAGGGCGGAAGUUUCGGUAGAAGGCAAUUACAAACCCAUGCCGUCUUCCAAAACAUCCAUUGACUGGGAGGUUAGUACACCUGUUACCAAGGUCCCCAACAUCCACACCCGACCCGUCAAGCUACAACUCUCCAGCACUCAUGAGUUUCUGGGUGGGACCUACGCAAACUUUGGGAUUCGCGGAUCCAACGUUUCCCGUGGUGCAUGGGAAUACUUUGCUGUCACACAUCGCCGAUUGAUAAUUGGAAACAACAAUAACAACAAUAGCAAUAGCAGUGCAGCGACGACCCCAAUGUCUCUCCCUAGCAUAAGUGCCUCUUGUGCCGGAGGCAUGAAAGCAUUCAGCGGUCAAAUAUUGUAUGGAUUUCUGACGCUUACGACGGUUGUUCCGCCUCAACGGCAACAGCAACAAACACAAGAGCAACACAACAGCAAUGAAACAACAACUACGUCUUUCUGGUCCCCAUCAACGUGGACUUGCUCUACACCAGUAUUAUCGGUUCGAGCAGGGUACCACCCAUUUCCGCUCUUUGCUUCGCUCAAGUGCGAAGAAUUUGGGAAACCGUGGGCAUCCCUCAACGCAUCUUGGUCUUGGAACUUUAUGGAAGAUUUCUCAAAGAUCAAAGUUCUGCUGUCGGCCGAUUUGUGGGGAUCCUUUGAGGACAAUGAUACUACCACAAUACGCACUGGGAUCAAGCAUGACUUGUAUUCUGGUUGGACUUGGCUUUGGGAGUGGGAAGAAAUGGAUUGGACCUUUAAAAUGCCCAUCUCUUUGUCGCUGUCAAAGAAUGCUAGUUGGAUGGCUGUGGCCAUGGGAUUGGAAACAACUCCCUCGGAUGCAUGGCACAACGCAUUGGGAACAUUACUGGCAUGCUGCAUUGUUUCAAAGGUAGCAGAAACAAUCAUGGACGAUUGGGCUCCACAACAGCAGCGCGACAAGAGGAAAAGUUUCAAUGCAAAAUCAAGAGAUGCCACAUUCAGCGAACCAAACAGGAAGCAUGUUCUGGACCACAGCCCUAGUGAAGAAGGAUUCCGAUUGCUCAUGACCAGAAUUGCCGAAAAAAAGCGCGGCAGUGAAGGACUGGUGAUUCAAUCCGCAAAGUUGGUCACAAGCGCUGUUACACCAUCACCUGUCGUGGAUGGAAUGGAGGCAGCCCAAGGCAAACCGACGCCAUCAAAGGAUGCGAAAGAUUUGACUCAAGUUCUGCAGUUUUGGGUCAAGGACGGGAAAGUAUCACUUCCAUGCUUGGCGUCCCAAACAUCGUCAACUCAAAACUUCUACGGCGUUGGUGGGGUGGAUAGAACUUUGGGAGAAAGCGGUAGCGACUCCACGUUCUACUCCCUAGCUGUGUCUUUGAUCAGCCAUGUUUCUGAAGUUUGUUUCGAACAGGUCGCAACUGUUGUGAACACAUUGGAUCCAGCAGGCAGGAGGAGAGUGUCAGAGACCAGCAAUACCAAAGGAUUGGAUUAUCCUUACGAUCUCCUGGUUCGUUAUCAAUACAGAGGCAACAUUUACGAAACAUGUUUCGAGGGCCACGAAGAGAUUGAACUUCCGAAUCCACAAGCCCUGUUGUUGGGUCCAGCAUCAACUGUAGCAUAAUCAGCUCUAGCUAGCUGGGCAGCUCCUGUAAUGGUGGUCAACCACAGGAAGUAGCUAGAAUUCAUCAGUGACAAAGCGUAACAUUGACGUGGUAUUCAGUCCUUAGUAUAGAUCUAGUUUUGAC